AUGGCGGGAGAUGCAGAUAAUUUUGAUACAAAACAGCAGCAGUUACCUCCUGGAGAACCUGUCAUCACUGUUGUACCAGACACAGUAGUUUUGGGAAAUGCUGUAACUUUAACAUGUACUUCCAAUGGUGGGAAUCCUGAACCAACAGUAAAAUGGUUCAAAGAAGAUGCACAAAUUACUACUGGUGUGACUUCUAAGACAGUUUCAUCUAGUACAGACAGUUACACUGUAACAUCAACUUUGAACUUUGUUGCUAGCCUAGAUGAACAUCUAAAGGUCUUCACGUGUCAGACAGAUAAUGGCUUAACUAGUCCACUAAGCACCACAGAGCAGCUGAUAGUUAAUUUUGCACCAGAGGCACCAACUUUAGAUGGACCAACUGUUGUUACAUCAGGAAUGUCUAGGGUAUGGACCUGUCGAUCGGCCAAUGGCUACCCAGCAGGUGAAAUGACCAUGAGAAAUCAAAAUACCAAUACAAAAUUUGGAACAAGCAAGUUUUCAACAAGCACUGAAGAAAAUGAGGGUGGGAAAUCUUAUACUGUUACUGGUAGGUUGAACUGGGCCCCAGUAGAAGCCAACAACGGACAUUCCAUCUGCUGUGAUGUUCUCCAUACAACCACACAAGGCAAUACACCAAAGACUAAAUGCUUACAAUUAUCAGUGAAGCCUCCUCUUGCACUCAAUGCUCCUACAAUCCAGUAUAAAGUAAACUUGAAUGCAAAAGUUACUCUCUCAUGUGAAGUAACAUCAGGGAAACCCUCUCAGAUCACAUGGUUUAAAGAUGGCAGUAAAUUAGAUAUAAAUAGUAAUCCAAGAUUGUCAGGAGGAACUGUGAUGGCUCCGUCUCUUGUUAUUGCUGAUGUGGAACUAGCAGAUGAAGCUGGGUACGUUUGUCAAGGAACUGAUUCAACGGAUAAGGUUACUAUAGCAACCACAGAUAGUAUUAAAGUGGCUUUAAUUUGUUCUGAGCCUGCUCCUGUAUCAAAUGCAGAACUAAUUGUUUCUGGUUUUGACCCCAGUAACACAGCUACCUAUAGAUGUAAUGACUGUUACGAGAAAACAAGCGGUGAUCUUGUAUUGAGUUGUAUGCGUGGUGGAAUAUGGUCAGGCGUUAUUCCUCUUUGUACAGAAAUAAAUCAUUGUUUGAGCCAGCCAUGUAUUUUUGGUACAUGUAGAUCUGAACUUUGUGGAUAUAAAUGCGCUUGUUUAGCUGGCUAUAAAGGAAUUAACUGUGACCAAGAAGUGAGUUGUCCAGUAAUUGCCUUGCAGAAUGGAGCGAUAAUGGCUGGAGAUAAACUUGAUACAGAGUUAACACGGGAUCAUGUCAUGUAUAACAUGGAUAUAUCGUAUGGUUGUGAUGAUGGUUAUGUAUUGGUUGACCAGAAAGGGGGUUUCCUCACAGAACUGGUGAGACAUUGUGAUGAGACUGGUCAACUGACUGGAGAAGCACCCAUUUGUGCAGUAUAUAACCUUUGUACCACUACAAUACCUUGUGUACAUGGUACCUGUAAAGACUUGCCAGGGAAUUACCAUUGCACAUGUUCUACUGGGUACAAAGGACUAAACUGUGAUCAAGAGCAAAUGUGA